AUGGCGAUGCGGGGCGUCGAUUUCAAGUGGUACGACGGCUUCUUCCUCUCCAUGCUCGCCACCAGCGUAAUCAUCGUGUCCAUCAACUGGAGGAGGUACCGCCUCUGCGCCCACCCGCUCCACAUAUGGAUCGUCGUCGACUACACCACCGUCUUCGUCUUCCGCCUCCUCAUGUUCCUCGACAACGGACUCGCAGCAGGGAUGGGGCUGGAUCUUGGAUGGCAACAGAGAUAUACUCGUUUCUGUGGGAGGAUAGUUGUUCUGUCAGUCCUUGUUCUUCUUCUGUACCCCUUCCUGUGGGUUUGGACUGUGAUAGGAACAUUGUGGUUUAACAGUGCAAGGAGCUGCCUGCCAGAGGAAGGACAAAAAUGGGGCUUCCUGAUAUGGCUGCUUUUCAGUUACUGUGGCCUCGCCUGUAUUGCAUGCGUGGCUGUUGGAAAGUGGCUAAACCGAAGGCACGCACUCCGCCUGAGGGCACAGCAGGGGAUUCCGGUCUCUGAAUACGGGGUUUUGGUUGACAUGAUUCGUGUGCCUGACUGGGCAUUUGAGGCGGUCGGCUUGGAACUGAGAGGAAUGGGCCAGGACACUGCAUACCAUCCUGGUCUUUAUCUGACAGCAGCCCAGAGAGAAGCUGUGGAGGCUCUUAUCCAGGAGCUCCCCAAGUUCAUGCUGAAAGCCGUCCCAACAGACUGCAGCGAGUGCCCGAUCUGCCUGGAGGAGUUCAAGGUGGGCAACGAGGACCCGCCGCCCACCACCGCGUCCCCUCCCACCCAGACCCAGUCCCCUGUCCCAGCCGCCGCCCCGCAAGCUUACGCGCAGCCAGCGGCAGGGCCCAUCGUCGUCGCCGCGCCGCAGCCCAGGCUCACCUGGUACCGCGCCUUCAUCGCCGCCGGGCUGCUGCUCGGCUUCGGAGCCAGCGCCGCAGUCUUUGUCAAGAAGCUGCUCCUUCCCAGGCUCAAGUCAUGGAUCCGCAGGGUCGUCGCCGAGGGCCAUGAGGCGACCGAGCUCAAGGCCAAGAUCGACGAGGAGACCAGGGAGGCCGUCAAGGCCUCCGCGACGGCCGUUUCCGCCAUCGCUCAGACCAACCAGGAGUUGCUCGCUUCCAAGGACGAAGAAAAGAAGAUACUUGUGACUUUGACGCAAGCCCUGGAUUCCCAAGCAAAGGUGUUGAAAUCAUUGAGUGAGUCGUUGAGCCAUAGCAGGGACUCCGUAAAUAUUACAAGGGAGGAUAGGUUUUCGCACUACCGCCCACUGGAAGAGCAUGCCCCCUCCACCACAAGGAAUGGGCCUGUUAACACUCCAUGGAGACCUCCUCAGCAACCUAAUAUGUAUGGUGCCCCAAACAGUGACUUCGGCUCAGGGAGGCCUUCGUUUGCGCCAGCACCUACUGAACCUACCUCCGGGUCAUAUUCAAGAUCUUAUGUCGAGCAGACGGUGCAGCGAGGGGAUAAUAGAUCUUCUGGGACCAAGACGCAGCAGGCAUUGGAGAUGCUGCAACACGCAGAACAAAAGCUUGCUUAUAGAUCCAACGCCUACUUGAGCGAGGAUGGAUCAUACUCCCAAGCUCAGGACAACUAUGCCCCCUCGUACCACCAGAACGGGAAGGCCCCUGAUUUCCAUGCAGAGGAGCCGAGGCCGCUGGCGUACAGCAGCGGUGUUGUGGAAAGGCCGCCGCCUCAGCGUCAAUGGGUCCCCCCUCAGCCUCCAGGUGUCGCCAUGCCAGAAGCGGCGGCUGCUAUUCGUCAACAGAAGUCUCUUACGAAGCAACCGUCUAGCGACACGUCCGAGGCUGCUGGUGAGGUGCAGGUGAACGGUGCCGCGAGCUCGCCUUCCGUCGCCGCCGCUGAAGUGCCGGUUAAUGGGAGUGCCGCAAGUGAUGCUGGACGCAGCGAGAUCGAAGAGCAGGCGGAAGCUGCUGCUUAG